AUGAACAACGAUUCACCAUCCACUGCCGCUGCAUCCACAUCAACAUCGCCUGCUUCUACUUCAUCGCCUACUGUCCACGCUUUUGCUUUGAAACUUCCUCCAUACUGGCCUAACGAUCCGAUUGUCUGGUUUGCUCAAGUCGAAGCACAAUUUCUAACCCGCAACAUCACCUCACAGUCAACAAAAUUUGCCUACGUGAUAUCUUCGCUUCAGCCAGACAUUGCUCAAGAAAUAAGGGACAUUUUAAUUUCACCGCUUCCUACAAAUCCUUAUGAAGUUUUGAAGUCUGAACUGAUCAAAGGAACUUCGGCUUCCGAACAAAAGCGGUUCAACCAACUACUCAUAUCUGAAGAACUUGGUGACAGAAAACCUUCCCAACUGCUGCGACGAAUGCGUCAACUCCUUGGUGAUAACAACUUGGAAAAUGGCAUUUUAAAACGACUUUUUCUCCAACGUUUGCCACAAAACAUUCAGCUGAUCUUGGCCUCGACCCCUGACACCGUUCAACUCGACGAACUCGCCCUGCUAGCUGACAAGAUUCUUGAAGUUGCUCCUCCACAGCCCUCCAUCGCCAGCAUCUCGCCAUCUCCAGUGGACUCCUCCGUAGCAAAAGAAAUCUACGACCUCCGCAACCAAGUCAACAGCCUGACAACUCAACUGGCUACACUUGUCACUCAAGGUCGAUUCCAGCCAUGUACUCGAUCAUACUCUCGUUCUCGCUCACGUGGUCGCAGUCCAGCAACUUCACAAUCCUCCACUCAUCGCCGAGAUGCCAGUGCCACCCGCCCACAAAGCUCAAUAUGUUGGUACCAUCGCCAAUUUGGAUCAAAUGCCCACCACUGUACAAUGCCAUGCUCCUUCACAGCUAACAACUCCACCCAGCAGUCGGAAAACUAUCAAGCCAGCGACUAG